ACGAACCCUUGAUCAUGCCUAGCACGACCGUACCCUACGUGCCUCAUUACGAACCUGCCCCACUUACUCAGGAAAACCUGAAAUGGGCCGAUCUUGCUGUCAUUGACUUAGCGAAAGCCGGUACACCGGAAGGACGGGCUGAGCUUGCUUUGGAGGUCAAUAAGGCACUCAGAAACCAUGGUUUCUUCUACGUUAUCAACCAUGGAUACACUCAAGCUCAGAACGAGAGGAUGUUUGAUAUUGCCGACCGAGCGUUUGCUGGCGUCAGCGCUGAAGAGAAACAGCUCUAUGCAAGCAAUAUCAAACAGACCGGCUCGUACCAGGGAUAUAAGCUGAGAAACUAUUGGCAUAUCGACAAUGGAGUGCAUGACCAGCUAGAGCAUUAUAACAUCAACCGUGACACCACGAAGAAACCCCACCCAGAAGCAGUUCGACCUUUCCUACCCGAGGUCGAGUCUUUUGCGCGCUUCAACCAUCAUCUGGUAUUGCAUCCCAUUUUAAGACUCAUAGCGCUAAGUCUUGAGUUACCUGAAGAAGAGCUGGUGAAUACACACGGCUAUCAUGAGGUUGGCGAGACCUACGUCAGAUUUAUGAAGUAUUACCCUCGAUCUGACGAGGAGGAAGCAAAGACCAAUAACGUCUGGCUCAAAGGACAUACUGACUUUGGUUCGCUUACCAUCUUGUGGAGCCAACCUGUGUCUGCUUUACAAAUCCAGACAACGAACGGAGAAUGGCAAUGGAUCAAGCACAUCGACAACGCGCUCGUGGUGAAUGCCGGUGAUGCACUCGAGUUCCUGACUGGUGGCUAUUACAAGGGCACGAUUCACCGCGUUCGACAGCCACCAGCAGACCAACAGUCAUACACGAGGCUUGGAGUGUUCUACUUUGCGAUGCCUGACGAUGCGGUGAGGCUGACACCACUAACGGCGAGCCCGGUGUUGCAGCGUGCAGGCAUCCAGCGCCGCUUCGAGGACAAUGCGGCGCCGACGAUGGAACAGUGGAGAAGGGGAAGAACAAGCGCGUAUGGUGCGUCGGAGCUGAAGCGAAGCAAGGAGGAUGGGGUUGAGGAGGAGGUGAUCAACGGCGUGCUGGUCAAGCACUACAACUGAGGUCAUCCGAGUCGUACUAUCAUGCGCCAGGUCGAGGAGCGAUGAAAUCGUGCGUAGUUUCGGUCCCCUCUAUUUGAAUGGCCCAAGCUGGUAGAUAGUCUGGCACUUUUGUACAACUGUGGUACUGGGCACCCAGUGCGCUUUAUAUGUCAUCCAUUUC